GAAGCAAACGUCUCCUGCGCAUGUGCAAGUUUGCCUGAAGUUUAUUUUUCUUGUUGAGACCCCAGGACCUGCCGCCGUCAUGCUCGGACUGCGCUCCGCCGUCUUUCGGGCUGUGACCCCGCUGAGCCGGGUGUUGGCGUGUCGCUUCUCCGCAGCUCCAAUCCCGGUUCCGAACACUCAACCAGAGGUCCACUACAACAAGCUCUUCAUAAACAACCGGUGGCAGGACGCAGAAAGCGGGAAAACCUUUCCAACCAUCAAUCCAGCGACCGGAGAGGUGAUCUGCCAGGUUGCCGAGGCGGAUGAGUCUGAUGUAAACAAGGCAGUGAAGGCAGCAUCUGACGCCUUCAGACUGGGAUCGCCAUGGCGACGCAUGGAUGCCUCUCAUCGUGGCCUUCUGCUCAACCGAUUAGCUGAUGCCAUAGAGAGGGAUGCAGCCUACCUAGCUGAACUGGAGACUCUGGACAAUGGCAAACCCUAUGCAGUGGCUUAUUCUGUGGACUUGCCUAAUGUGGUUAAAUGUCUCAGGUACUAUGCAGGCUGGGCUGAUAAGUGGGAAGGGAAGACCAUCCCCAUCGAUGGAGAUUAUUUCUGCUACACCAGACAUGAACCCGUGGGGGUCUGUGGACAGAUCAUUCCAUGGAACUUCCCUUUGCUGAUGCAAGCCUGGAAGCUGGGUCCUGCCCUCGCCACUGGGAACACGGUGGUUAUGAAGGUCGCAGAGCAGACGCCGCUGACCGCGCUCUACGUGGCCAGUCUCAUUAAGGAGGUGGGUUUCCCUGAAGGUGUUGUAAAUAUCCUGCCGGGAAUGGGACCAACAGCCGGUGCUGCCAUUGCCAGGCACAUGGAUGUAGAUAAAGUGGCCUUCACUGGAUCAACAGAAGUGGGUCACCUCAUCCAACAAGCUUCAGGAAGCAGUAACCUGAAGCGAGUUACCCUGGAGCUCGGAGGAAAGAGUCCAAACAUCGUUUUGUCAGAUGCCAACAUGGAAGAUGCUGUGGAGCAGUCCCACUUUGCUCUGUUCUUCAACCAGGGCCAGUGCUGCUGUGCUGGCUCUCGCACGUACGUCCAAGCAGACAUCUAUGAUGAGUUUGUGGAGCGCAGCGUUGAGCGUGCUAAAAGAAGAGUGGUGGGAGACCCCUUUGACAUGAAGACUGAGCAGGGCCCUCAGGUCGAUCAGGAGCAGUUCAACAAGAUCCUGGGCUACAUCAGCAGUGGGAAAAGAGAAGGAGCCAAGUUGAUGUGUGGAGGCGGCGUGGCAGCAGACAGAGGAUACUUCAUCCAGCCCACAGUAUUUGGAGAUGUUCAGGAUAACAUGACCAUUGCCAGAGAGGAGAUUUUUGGUCCAGUGAUGCAGAUUUUCAAGUUUAAAACUUUGGAAGAGGUUCUAACGAGAGCCAAUGACAGCAAGUAUGGCCUCGCAGCUGCCGUCUUCACAAAAGACAUCGACAAAGCCAACUACGUGUCUAGUGGACUUCGCGCCGGCACCGUCUGGAUCAACUGCUAUGAUGUGUUUGGAGCUCAGGCCCCAUUCGGAGGUUACAAAGCUUCUGGAGUUGGCAGAGAGCUCGGGCAGUACGGCCUGGAAAACUACACUGAAGUCAAAACGGUGACCAUCAAGAUACCCCAGAAGAAUUCUUAGGUUGGAAGCUGUUGAUGGGAAACAAAAGGAUGUGACUUGUAUGAUCCUGAAUCUUUCUGGAUGAUUCUAAUCAUCUCACGUUGAAUCCAAUCCUGGAGAUCUUUUCCUGAACUGGAAGAAGCUAAUGUAGCUAACGUAGAGGAAGACGAUCACGCCAACAGUUGCUAUGCUUUGAAAUGCAUUAUGUUGAGUGGAUUCCUGCAAAGAUCAUUGUUUGUUGUGAAACAUUAAGCUACAAUUGUAACCGUACAGUUUUAUUUGGUAAUUUCCUUAAAUAAAGGCAAAUACAACUCUG